UAUUCAUCCUGUUUAGUUUCUACUUUAUUCUAUCCCACAGUCAUUAGACUCUAGUCCAUGGUCUCACAGUCUUCCAUUAGCUCCAUUUUCUUUGCCUCACACCCCCUCCUUUUGGGGUCAGUACCACAUGAUACCAGCAAAAACAUGUUUUCAUUGGCCUAAAUUCAAAGGAGCUGGGAAAUAUGACAGCUCGAGUAUGGCUUCCUUGCCAAAUACAUAUUAAGACCUCUCACUUUAUCAACUUAACACGGCCACUGAAGGAUUAGAGGCAAAAGAGGAUUAGAGUCACAGAGUUUUGCUUGAGUGGAAAGCUGAUAUUAGUAGGAUGUUAUCUGGAUGGAGCAAAUUGCCUCAGCUUGUCCACUGAUGAUAAAAACCAUAGUGAGGAAAAGAAAACAUGAAGUCGGUCCUCUCCCACCCACCCCAGUUUCUAAUUGGACUUCAUUACCAUUUCCUCUCGGUUUUUCCCAGAAGGACUCUCUGACUCGGAGGAACAGCUUCCACUAUAGUCUCUUUGUCACUCAAAGACAUCAGCAGCUCUCAAAGACAUCAUCAUCACCAUCAGCCCUCAAACUGCAAUGACUUCUCUCAGGUUGGUGCCCUUGUUGCACUCCCUCCUUAUCCUCCAAGUCCAUCUCUCCAACCAGUUAGAAGACAACAAGAUCCCUCCCAGUCUGUGCACUGGUCUCCCUGGUAUCCCCGGAUCUCCUGGAGGACAUGGCAGUCCUGGUCAGCCUGGCAGGGACGGGAGGGAUGGGAGAGAUGCUGCUCCAGCAGAGAAGGGAGAAAAAGGGGACAGAGGCAGCCCAGGUGAGACAGGAAUAAGAGGCCUGACAGGGGACAGUGGUGACCCAGGAGUAAAAGGGGAGAGAGGCCAGGCAGGAGAGUGUGCCGUUGCCCCCAAAUCUGCUUUCAAUGCCAAACUAUCAGAUGGCCUCACUUUACCUCUCACUGUAGCUGAAGCAGUCCGCUUCGACAAGAUCAUGCUCAAUGAACAUGGCGACUACAACCCAGAGACGGGACGCUUCACUUGCAAAGUGCCAGGGGUUUACUACUUUGCCGUCCAUGCCACCGUCUACAGAUCCAGUCUGCAGUUUGACCUGAUGAAGAACGGACACACUGUGGCAUCUUAUUUCCAGUUCUACGGUAACUGGCCCAAACCGGCGUCUCUGUCAGGUGGCUCACUGCUCCACCUCAUCCCUGGUGACCAGGUGUGGGUCCAGAUGGCUCUGUCAGAAUACAAUGGGUUUUACUCCAGCACAAAAACAGACAGCACCUUCACUGGCUUCUUGGUGUACUCAGACUGGAAAAACUCUGCUGUGUUUGCAUGACAAGUGAACAAAAGCGAGUCAUUUCUUAACUCUGGGAAACAAACCACCACCUAUUCUUGACUUUGGUAUGACUAAGGAGUUCUGGAUAAAGAAAAGUUAAUAAGAUGAGACGUUGUACAUCUGUAUUUGGAUGAUAAAUAAAAAACACUCCAGACAAUGUUACUUUCAAUGGCACAUACUGCACUGGUGCAGUAUAGUGUUCACACAUGGGCACUAAUGUUUCUUCACCUGCAGCUUUUCAACUGCUGUGACACCUAAUUCUUGUAACAGAUGAUGUGACGAUGGCCUGCAGCCAACUCUGGGCCACGACUUCAAACAGCUUUCAUACUUUUAUUGCACUUUGUUUCCCGACAACUUCUGCACAGCUAACAUGUAAAAUAAUAAAUAAUUGUAGUUUUGAAAAUA